GGUUAGAAACUCGCAAGACAGGCUGGGUGCCAUCCCCUCCUCCGCCUGCAACACGGGAGACUGGCCGGUGACCUCGGAUUCCAGCCUGGGUGCUGAUCACUUACUCCUCAUCCGAACCCCAGAACUGGAUUUCUUGUCUGGUUUACAGAAAAUGUUACUGAGAUCCCCGCCCCGACCCACGGCGGGCGACGCGGGGCGGCCCUAGGUGAAUCCCCGCCGGUGGCACCGCCGGUGGCACCGCCUCCCUGGGCCGCCGCCCUUGUCACCUGCCGCCCAGAGGCCUGGCGGCCGGCGGCGGGAACCCCGGGGACCGAAAUGUGGCGGGCCGGCCGAUGGGCGCUCCUACUCCUGUUCCUGCUGCAGAGCGCCCUAGGAAGGCCCCAUCUAGCCCCACCCAGAAAUGUGACACUGCUCUCUCAGAACUUCACUGUUUACCUGACCUGGCUUCCAGGGCUUGGUAGCCCCCCAAACGUGACCUAUUUCGUGACCUACCAAAGCUAUACCAAGCCUGGUUGGCGAAGAGUGGAGCAUUGUGCAGGCAUCAAGGCUCUGGUGUGUCCCCUGAUGUGUCUGAAGAAACAGAACCUGUACUCCAAGUUCAAAGGACGAGUACAGGCAGCUUCCGCACAUGCCAGGUCCCCACGGGUGGAGUCCAGGUACCUGGAAUACCUUUUUGAUGUGGAGCUAGCCCCACCCACCCUGGUGCUCACUCAGAGGGAGAAGAUCCUAAGGGUCAAUGCUACCUACCAGCUGCCACCUUGCAUGCCGUCGCUGGAGCUGAAGUACCAGGUGGAAUUCUGGAAGGAGGGUCUGGGAAGCAAGACCCUGUUUCCAGACACUCCGUACGGCCAGCCAGUGCAGAUUCCUCUCCAGCAAGGUGCUAGUGGACGCCACUGCCUCAGCGCCAGAACCAUCUAUACCUUAAUUGACAUCAAGUACAGCCUGUUCUCUGAGCCCAGCUGCAUCUUCCUAGAGGCCCCAGGGGCCAGCAGGGCUGUCCUGGCGAUGCCAUUACUCUUGCUUCUACUGAUAGCAGCGGUUGUAGCGGGUGUGGCAUGGAAGAAAAUGGAAGGGAACCCCUGGUUUCAGGGGAUGAAGACGCCCCGGGCACUGGACUUUUCUGAAUACAGAUACCCAGUGGCAACCUUUCAGCCCAGUGGACCUGAGUUCUCAGAUGACUUGAUCCUCUGUCCCCAGAAGGAACUAACCAUAAGGUUCAGGCCAGUUCCUCGGGUCAGAGACCCAGCCACGCUGCAGACAGGAACUGAAAAAGACAGUGCGGAGGAUGAAGACGAGGACACAGAAGACGAGGACACAGAUGACAGUGACAGCGUCCAGCCCUACCUGGAACGGGCCCUCUUCAUCAGCAAGAAGCCCCAAGUUUUGGAGCGCUCGGAGGCAGACGAGUCUGGGGUGGAUUCAGGGGGGCCUUGGACAUCCCCCGGUGGGAGUGAAAACUCAUCUGCAUGGGACUCGUCAGACAGGAGCUGGUCCAGCACAGGGGACUCCUCAUAUAAGGAUGAAGCUGGAUCUUCCAGCUGUUUGGACCAGAAGGAGCCAGACCAGGAGCCUUACAGGGAUGGGCACCAGGAGGCUCUCCCAUGCUUGGAAUUAUCCGAGGACUUGGGCACUGUGGAAGAGCUUCCGAGGGAUGACCUCUCCGGGUGGAGAAUUUGGGGUUCCUUAUCCCCAAAGGGAGAUCUGGCUCCUACGGAGCUCCCAGUUUCUCUUCAGACACUGACUUUCUGCUGGGACAACAAUCCUGAGGAGGAGGAGGAGGAGGAGGAGGAGGAGGAGGAGGAGGAAGAGGAAGAAGACUGGGAAUCAGAACCUAAGGGCAGCAACGGUAGCUGUUGGGGCACUUCAAGCCUCCAGAGGACAGAGGUCAGGGGCGGGAUGCUGGGAGGUUACUUGGUCAGGUGAGCUGGCCCUGGUGGUCCAUUCAUGGUAUCUCUACUGCACUUCCCCUGGACCAGAGACAUCUCAAGAGUGGUAGCCAAACUCCUGGCCAUUCUUUAUGGAUCUUUAUGGCACUUUGUCUAUGGCACUAUGGAUUGAGCUGUAAGAUGUCACCAGUUCCAAUGACCCACGUGCUAUAGGUGACCUGUGAGUGGGAUGGAGCUGUGGUCAGGGACUAGUUGAGUUCCAGUCUGCCCAUUGUCCCUGGGAUGACAGUCCUACCUAAUGGAAAAUGAUCCUCAGCCAAAAUGAAACAGGUGAAGCCAGGUGGCUGUAGACACCAAGGAUAGACACGCCCUGGUCCAUAAGUCACACACAGCAUUGUGCAAAACAGACCUUAGUCCAAAUGACUGCUAUGCCGUUUCUGAUAGUUACUUGGCAAGCGACUCUUAACCAUUACACCUCAGUUUCCCCUUCUGCAGCUGUCACGUGCGUAUGGUGAGGAUUCGGGGGGGUUUUCAGGUAACAGGUGACACGGGGCUACCAAUGUCACAUGUACUGACUAGGCACUAGAACCUUCCAUCAGUCCAGACUCCUGGGAGACUCCAGGCAUUUCUCACCAGUGACCCCCUAAGCCGAGUGACAAAGCACCUACCUUCCAACCUUUCUACCCUCUAGGUCACCCCAUUUCUUCCUUGUCACCUUCUAGUCAGGGGCUCCCUGAAACCACAGCCCAACCAGCUUUGGUUCUUUCUUAAACAUAGUUCACCUUCCAGGGUCGACAUUGGUUGGGUCAGGGCAGAAACUGCACUUCUGGCCUCGUGUCUUUUUUGAAUGGCAUUGUAUCAGGGUUUAAGUUUUUUGUGUGUCUGUUUGUUUGUUUGUUUUUAUCUGUUUUUGUCAUAAGGAGGUCCCAGCAUCUGAGAAGCUAGUGCCUUUUAGAAACAGGUGACUGUCCUUUUUGGGGUGUGAUGUGUGUCCUUGGUCUGAGGUGUCUCGCAUAGGACCAGAGUCAUUGUGGCUGAGGGUCUAAACAGUCCACGAAGCAGAAAAGAGCUCGCAGCCCUGAGGCUGGCCUAAAGGCACAGCCUUACCGAGCUUGUGGGAAGGUUCACCAUAAGGCAGAGGCUCUCAGGCUUCCUGACACUGCCAGGCUUAAGCAGCUCUUCAUGGUGUGGUGACCCCCAAGUCAUAAAAUCAUGCCAUUGCUACUUCACAACUGUAAUUUUGUUACAGUUAUGAAUCACAAUAUAAACAUCUGUGUUUUCCAAUGGUCUUAGGCGACCACUGUGAAAGCAUCACUGGACCCCCAAAGGGGGUUGAGAAACACCACUUACAGGGCAUCUGAAUCAAGGGUUCUCUAGUUCAUUCCCAAAGGCCUUUGAGGUCCCAGGAUCCUUCCCCUUCAAUGGGAGUGGCCUCACUGAGCUAAUGCACAUGCAGUGGCUUUGCACAGACGGUAUCUUGAGAGAGGUUCGCAGCUAACAAAACCUCAAAGCACUGUCCUGGGUACAUAUCAUUUCAAGCAAACUUUGAAGUCACCUGGCAAGGCUGGCCUAGUGACUUAAUAUGUAUGUCCCCAAGAGUUUCCAGAGUCAUCGAACUGACAGGAAGUCUUUGCGAGCACCUCUGGGACACACACACACACACUCACACACACACACACACACACACACACACACACACACACACACACACCUACCUCCCUGGGGUUCCCUGCAGUGAUGCUUGACCACAUCACUGAGCCCAGAAGCUAAACAAAGGCGCAUGCGUGAGGACGGUCAUAGCGCAGGAGAAGCUCCUAGAAAUGUCCCAGCAAGGCCAGUGUCCUUUCUGAGACACAGCUGAGCUGCACUACGGAGGCUCUGUCAGAAAUCCUUCGAAAUGAUGGUGAUGACAGCGUUGGCCUCGGCCUUCCAACCUUACUCUCCGAUAGUCCCACCAGUCUGCCUUACUGUUUACAAUGUUUCCCAAUGUUUACUUUUUGAUCUUGCCUUCUUGUCAUUCUUAUUCCCAACUCCUUUCAGCAAUUAUUAGGUCAUCGACAGGAGACCUGUGGGGAAGCCCAAGGAACCAACCCAGAAGUUCCUAAUGUGUGCUCAGCACUUAACGUACAUAAUAGCCCCGUCCUGGACAGUCUCUGGGACCUCAAGGAUAGCAAGGGCAAAGUGACUGACUGGAGUCGCAGCCUCAGCACACUGAGGCGUUACGUCUCUCUCCCGUGUUUGUAUUACCUUUCUUGCGUAUUUGUAUUUUUGUCGAACUUUGCACUGUGUUUUAUACCCUAUUUAAGUAAUUCUUUAAUAUCUGUUGGUAUAGUGGCCAAAGCCUUAAAUAAAGAGAUAUAUUUUUAGAGAAAA